AUGCUCUUCAGCAACAUGUUUGCGGCGGCCGCUCUGGUCAGCACCGCCUUCGCUGCUCCUUCCAACAAGGAGACCCGCGCAAGCCGAAAGCUCCAGUUCUUCGGCAUCAACGAAUCUGGUGCUGAGUUCGGCGAGAAGAACUUCCCUGGUGUCUACAACAAGGACUACAUAUGGUACGACACCAACACCAUCGACCAGUUCAUCGGUCAGGGCAUGAACAUGUUCCGCUUGAACUUCUUGAUGGAGCGCCUUACACCCAACACCUUGACUGGUGCCUUUGACCAGGCCUAUCUCGGCAACUUGACCCAGCAGGUCAACUACAUCACCGGCAAGGGCGCAUACGCCAUGAUCCAGCCGCACAACUACGGCCGCUUCUAUGGAAACAUCAUCAACGACACCGCUGGCUUCAAGACGUGGUGGCAGAACGUCGCCGCGCAGUACAAGGACAACGCGCUCGUCAUGUUCGACACCAACAACGAGUACCAUGACAUGGACCAGACGCUCGUAUUCAACCUGAACCAGGCCUCGAUCGACGGCAUCCGCGCUGCGGGCGCCACAAAGCAGUACAUCACCCCCGAGGGCAACUCGUGGAGCGGCGCGUGGACGUGGAUCAGCUCGGGUAACGGAGCCUCGCUCGUCAACCUCAAGGAUCCCCAGGACAAGCUCAUCUACCAGAUGCACCAGUACCUCGACUCGGACGGCUCUGGUACUUCUACAACCUGUGUCUCGGCCACUAUCUUCAAGGAGCGACUCCAGGCUGCGACUCAGUGGCUCAAGGACAACAAGAAGCUGGGUCUUAUCGGCGAGUUCGCUGGUGGCAACAACACUCAAUGCAUUUCGGCACUCCAGGAUGGUCUUACGUACCUUGCGCAGAACUCGGAUGUCUGGACCGGUGCUUUGUGGUGGGCUGCUGGUCCGUGGUGGGGUGACUACAUUUUCAACAUGGAGCCCAGCACUGGCGUUGCGUGGGUAAACAUCCUGCCCAAGAUCAAGUCUUACUUCAUCUCUUAG